UCUCUUAAGCUUUUAAUUUUGGGUAUCAUCACCAUCAUCAAUUCAUCAUAUCCCUAUCAGAGUCUUUGUUUCAGUCUCUUUUUUUUUUUUUUUUUUUUAUUUCCUUCCAAUUCACCCAUUGGGUGGAAGUUUUUGCUCCCAGGCUUAACCCCACAAUCCUCUAUGAUUAAAAGCUAUGGACUUAACCCAGUACUCUAAAUCUUCUGAGUCAGAUACUGAUAUCAAAACUCCGCUGCAGACCCACCUCUCCAGGGCCUUAUCUCUCUCUGAUGGCUCUUUGAAUCCCCAGCCAUCUCCCCUCCAAAUGGUGGUGUCCUACAAAGAAUGCCUCAAAAACCAUGCUGCUACUCUUGGUGGCCUUGCCCUUGAUGGCUGUGGCGAGUUCAUGCCUAGUCCUACUGCUACUCCUUCUGAUCCUACUUCCCUUAAAUGUGCUGCUUGUGGCUGCCACCGCAACUUCCACCGCCGUGAUUCGCGUACUCACCAGCCGCUGCCACCAACGGCUGCACUUCAAUGGACGUCAAGCCCAAGUCCUGGACAAACUAGCUCUGGCCUGAGCCCUAGCCCUACCCCAAACUCACCGGAAUCACCAACCCCUCAGCAAUCCGUCUAUCCAUCUGCACCCCAUAUGCUUCUGGCCUUGAGCACAGGACUUUCUGAGCCGUUUGAUGAGAAUCAGCACCAGAAUCCAAGUCUUAAUUCAACAGUGAUGAACCCACAUGGGAGAAAGAGAGCAAGAACCAAGUUUACAGAUGAACAGAAAGAGAAGAUGUAUGCUUUUGCUGAAAAGUUGGGGUGGAAGAUGCUGAGAGGAAAUGAAGAGAAAAUGGUGGAGGAGUUUUGCAGUGAAGUUGGAGUGAAGAGAAAUGUUUUUAAAGUUUGGAUGCACAAUAACAAGCACAGAAAGGAAAAGAAUAUUGCUAAUGGCAAUGAAGAUAGAGUUGGCUUUGACAUCUUCAACUGCAACUCCAACAAUAUCAAUGGCAGCACAUAUGAUAGCUUCACCAGGCAUCAGAUUGAGAAUAAAGUUCAAGUUCAUGGUGAUUCUCCUGAUGGGUCUUCUCAUUCAUCUUGAUCUAGAGUUAAGAGAGUCAUUGCUUCAGACAAAGAAAGAAAAGAAACAGUAAGUGGGGAUUCUUGUCUGUCUUUUUCUUCCCCCUUUCUGGUUCUCUUGUUUUACUUUGUUGUUGGUUUUGUUGGUUUCUUGAUUAAUUUGGUGACUGUUCAUCUCUAAAUAUUGACGAUGUAGAAUCAUUACAGAAGCUAGGAUGAAAUUUAAGGGAGAAUUACUUCUCUUACAUAGCUA